AUGUCCUGUCAACGAUAUCAAUAUGUGAAAAGUCAACUGCGUUAUCUUAUUCCAUUCAUUCAUGUUGUAAUUUGUUUGAGUAUCCUAUUGCCUUUAUUAUUGUGUGAAUCAGAGUUACAUCGGAUUGUUUUUAUUCAAGUGGAUCUUAUCCAUAUCAUAUGCUUCUUUGCAUUCUUUAGUAUUUCACUCAUCGCUUAUGGUUUAACAAGUUGUAUUGAUCCGGGUUAUUUGACUGCUGAAAAGGCCAGAUGGUUUCGACAUCGUCGUGGGCAUAUCUCACUAACCAAUGAUUCUAUCGAUGAACGUGCUAUUUAUGCCGGUGAAUAUACAACCGUUAAUUCUGAUAUAAGCUCUAAGAAUAAUUUGACAUUGGAUCACAAUGAUACACCAUGUCAUUCUGAUGAAGCUCAUUGUAGUGGAGUAGAAUCAAAUACUGCAACAUUAUCAAAUAAAUUUACUAUGAAUUUUAAACGAGAUUGGUCAAACUAUUCAUGUUCUAAAAUGAAUACAGAUUGUGAAGUUUUAGUUAAUUUAUCUGUCCCUGUAAGAUUUUGUAAACAUUGUCUUCUAGAACAACCUCUACGUUGUCGCCAUUGUCCUGAUUGUAAUCGUUGUGUCCUGAAAUUUGACCAUCAUUGUCCAUGGGUUGGUAAUUGUAUCGGAGAAAGGAAUCAUUCAGCAUUUGUUGUAUUUCUCUUCUGUCAAACUAUUACAAUUUGGUGGAGUAUAUAUUUUUCUUGGUGUUCAUUAAUUCAAACAACUGAUUGGAGUGAUUGGUUUCGUAGUAAUUGUCUAUACUACUUUUUUAUAAUUAUACUAACAAUAUGUGGAAUACCUGUAACUUUAAUACUUGGAUUUCAUCUGUAUUUGGCUUUGGUUAACAAAACUACCUGGGAGACAGUAGCACACGAUCGGAUCACAUAUUUACAAAGUUUAAAAUCUGAUGAAAAUCCAUUUAAUCAGGGUUACUUAUGGAAUUGUUAUGCUUUUUGUUGUUCUCGUCAUCCAUUCGGUUGGGAUCGAAUUUAUGCUAAUACUACUGAAAAGUUUACACCAAUCAAUAAAAAUGAUACCAAUGAGAAUAACAAUACAACGAGAAGAACAAAUCUACCUGUUGUAAAUGUUUCACCUAACAAAAUCUGUGAAUUAUCCGUCAAUCGAGGUGAUCAUAUAAAUCAGACUGUGUAA